AUGCUAACCUUCAAGGCACUGGCCAACACUGUGGUACUGCUCGUCAUGGUAGGGGCCUCAACUGUUACGGUCGCAACGACGAACCCUGCCACGGCCAAUUACACGGUAUCAGCCUUCGCCGUCGGUGACUGGGGGUCAACUACUGCUAAGCUGCUGGGGCAAGAAGUCGUGGGCAUGUUGAUGGACCAACAGGCUGCGACCUCGAAGCCCAAGGCGGUGCUCGGCCACGGCGACAGCUUCUACUGGACCGGUAUUGACAGUCUCGAGAGCCGUGACGCUCGCUUUCAUGCGACAUACGAGGCCAAGUACCCCGGAGCCAACAUCAAGAACGUCACUUGGGUGAAUGUCAUGGGCAACCACGACUACGGCGGUGCGAACUACAUCUGCAACGUCGGUGAUCGGCUGACGACCGCUUCUACACCCGUGGCGGCACACGUGUCCACUCACUUUGCCGGAUCGCACGGUGGAGACACGGUGGUAAUCGACCUGGCGCUCCCUUUCGGGUGGACGGGAUCGCCGGCGUACUACGGACUGUUCGGCGGAGCGAUCUCCUUCUUGGUCUCCCGCGAGAGCCCCCACUCGCUGGACCCCAAGGAGACCGACACGGAACCGUUCUUCUCGUACGUCUGGGUGGACGAUCAUCUCCUGGUUGAAAUCGAGCGAGAACACCGCUGA